AUGCGACUACUUAAUCAGCCGCUGUUGCGCAGCUACAUCUGCCCAUCAUGCCAGUCUAGUAUAACAAAAGGCGCCCGUCGAGCUUUCUCAAGCACACCCAAUGCUCGUGCAAACCCCGACAUUUACGACGUCGUCUGCGUUGGCGGGGGUCCUGCAGGUCUCGCACUUGUCGCGGCGCUUCGGGCAUCACCAGUAACCUCCAACCUCAGAAUCGCAUUAAUCGAGAGCCAAGACCUAAACAAAUCGCGUACCUGGAACCCGCCCUCGAGUGAAUUCUCCAACCGAUGCAGCAGUCUCACGCCCACUUCGGUCUCCUUCCUACAGAAAAUCGGCGCCUGGAAGCUUGUCGACAAUUCACGAGUUCAGCCAUACCAUGAAAUGCAGGUAUGGGACGGACAGACCGGGUCGAAGAUAUCCUUUGACUGGUCGGUGGACACAUCGCCUUUCGAGGAUAUACGGUCAGUGGCUACGAUGACGGAGAAUGCCAAUCUUGUCCGAGGUCUACUACGGCGAAUUCAGGAGCUGGAUGAAAGCAGCAACGGCAGUGACAAUGGCUCGCUUUCGAUAUUCUCGAACACAAUGGUAUCGUCUAUCGAGAACGGCUCUCAAGCCGCGGACGGUCCCAAUCUGUCGGCAUGGCCCGUUGUGUCCCUCAAACCGUCACCAGCGUCUUCGUCUUCGGUAUCCGGACCUAUCGCUGCGCGACUCCUCAUCGGCGCAGAUGGAAUCAACAGUCCCGUCCGCUCAUUUGCCGACAUCACCACCACCGGAUGGGACUACGACCGCCAGGGCGUCGUCGCAACCCUCUCUCUCUCCGAAGAAUUCUCCUCUCUUCCAAACAUCCGAACAGCCUAUCAACGCUUCCUCCCUUCACUCGGCGGACCAAUCGCCCUCCUCCCGCUCCCAAACAACAAAGCCACAUUGGUCUGGUCCACCAAACCAGAGAACGCAGCGUACCUCAAAUCCCUCCCCGAAGAGGCGCUCGUAGCCAUGAUCAACGCCGCAUUCCGUCUCUCCAUGACCGAUUUGACAUAUAUGCUCUCUAUUGACCCUGCUGCCGAAAAAGGUCAACAUCAAGAUGAACUCACCUGGCGAACUCAACAUACCCCUCAACCAUCGUACAUCCCACCACUAGUUACAUCCAUCCAGCCCCGCACCACAGCCUCGUUCCCGCUACGUUUCCGACACGCAUCAUCCUAUAUCUCUCCCCGGGUCGCUCUUGUGGGUGACGCAGCGCACGUAAUCCACCCCUUAGCCGGCCAGGGCCUAAACCUAGGGAUCGGAGACGUCUCAUCCCUCAGCUCCACAAUCGAAUACGCCGUCAACCACGGUAUGGAUAUAGGCGACUAUCUAGCUCUGGAGCCGUACAUGACUGCACGCUACGCUGCAAACACAAAGGUUGGCGGGAUGUGCGAUUUAUUACACAAGGUGUAUAAUGUGCCUGGUAAUGGACCAAUACCGUUUGUGCGGAGUUUGGGGUUGGGAGUUGUUGAUAGCGUGCCGUGGUUGAAGGGGUUUAUUAUGAAGCAGGCUGAUUAG